AUGGUUCAACUGAUAAAUAAUUUUAGUUUAGCAUGUGUUGAAUCACAUCAAGAUGAAAAAGCACAUUUAAUGUGUGUGUGCGAUUUUCGAAUAAACGAAAUUGAAUGUACCGAAUCGCAUUUAUUAAGAACGGGAAGUUGGAUUUUAAUUCCUUACACUUCGUUUAUUGCGGUAACUUCUAUAUGGUUUUUGUGGUAUAGGAUAUAUUGUAAAAAACAAUCUUUAUUAUUCCCCCCUUCAAGAGAUAGAGGCAUAAUACGUCCGAGACCCCAUGAUACAUUUCACUUAGUAACGGUCUCUUUCUGUCUAUUACAUAUUGUUCGACUUCUUCUCUUAAUAAACAACGCAUAUCCAAAUUCAAGAUGGGCCGAGAUUUUGGAUGACUUACCUCGACAAACAUCGUUUGCGUUCUCGGUAUUAUACCUUGUCGGAAUCAUUUAUUCGAUACCUACCUUGGAACCAACGACCAUGCAUUACUCGGAACGAUUCAUACCGAACAAGUUCCUAAUUGAUAUUGGAGCAUUCCUCUUAAUAAUUGGUCCAUAUAUCGUUAACACUUCAAUAUCAUACAUGAUCGGAUAUUACGCCGACCUUGAAGAAAUCCCAACCGUGUCGAUUAAACUAUUUACAACGAAAUAUUUAAUUUGGGUUUUCUGGUUAACGACAUAUUUAUCAUCAUUAUUGUACUUUUGGCACAAAUUAUUUUCAUUGUUAAAAUAUCACAUGAGAGAGUUACAGAAUAGACCAAGGGACGACCUUACGUUACAAUUGAAAUAUGAAUCGUUAAAAGUUGCCGCGAUAAAUUUAUCGACCGUCGUGAUGGUCUUCGCCUUCCUCGGAUUUACAUUUAUACUGGUUUACUUUAUAUUUGGACUCUCCUACAAAUCAAUGACCCAUGACCCCACCACCAAUGUGAUUUAUUUUUUUAUUUUGAAUUUCGUCGAACCUAUUUGUCUUCAAAUAGCACAGUUCAUCAUCGUCUUCAAUGCCGUCAAACCAACUCGGAAUGCCGCCCCAUUUAGUAAAAAAUUAAGCUUGAAAAGAUCAACGUCGAUGAAAUCGCAUGGUAUCCAAACAACAACGUACGUCCAUCUUUCCGAGAAAUCACCAUCAAAGAAACCAAUUCCUGAAAUGCAAUUGUCAAGUCAAGCGACCAACAACGAUGACGACCAAUUCCCGUCAACUCCAUUCACCCCUUAUAUAACAGGAUAUCAAUUAGAAAGGGAACAUGGUGAUACGUUACCAUUCGGAAAUGUGGAAGAAUUUAUUCCUGAUGAAAUUCCAACGGAACAUCUAAAAACUCAUCAUAGACGUGAUUCAAGCGUCGGAGAUGCAAGCAUUGCUUCCACGACAUAUUUUUCAAUAAUUCAAAGCUUACAUAGCAGAAACAAUUCACUUCAGAGUUUUCAAUCGUUAAAUAGUAAAAGAAUAAGUAAAAGAUUGAGUUCACAACUUUUAAAUUCUGUCCCUGCGAGUGAAGUUGAUAGCGAAAGUGGAAGAAGAAGAUCGAAAAGGACUUCACAUCCAUUACAUUUACGUAACUUGCCAAAAGAAGAAUCGUUACGUGAAAGUGCUAGCAUACUUGAACUAAAUAUUCAAAUUUAUGUAUGA